AGUCUCUUCAGAAGAUCAUGCAAUUUUGCAGGCAGUAAUAGCUGGUGAUCUUAUGAAGCUGAUAGAAAGCUAUAAAAAUGGAGGCAGUCUGCUAAUUCAGGGACCAGACCACUGUUCACUCCUUCACUACGCAGCUAAAACCGGCAGUGGGGAGAUCGUGAAAUACAUCCUUGACCACGUGGCUGGCCUCACGCCUGUGCCCAGCGUGGGCAGCUUCGGCUCCGGAUCUCUCCCCGCGUCUCCCUGUGCUGCCUCUCCUCCCGCCUGCCGCACCCAGCAUCCACAGUGGGUAGAGCGGAGCGGGGGUGAGACUGCAUUGCACAAGGCGGCCUGCCAGCGGAACCGGGCUGUGUGCCAGCUUCUGGUGGACGCAGGAGCAUCCCUGAGAAAGACAGACUCCAAGGGUAAGACACCUCAAGACAGAGCACAGCAGGCUGGGGACCCAGAUUUGGCUGCUUACUUAGAAAGCCGUCAGAACUAUAAAAUCAUUGGCCAUGAGGACCUGGAAACUGCUGUUUGACCCUGGUAGAUGGGCAAAGAGAACGUGAGCAUCAUAUCACCUAUGCCCUCCUGGCAAUUGGGAAUAAGCUGAUGGAAUUCAUAUAUCUGUCUCUCUCCUGCAAGAAUCUAUCUGAGACCAUGCCACCAGUUUUUAAGGGCUACCAUGAUGUGCAACAGAACAUGAUAGCCCAUUGGGAAGGAGGCAGGAUACCUGGAGAUUUGUGGAAUACAAGUUCCACAAAAUUUGAUCCUUAUUGCUUCCAGCAAGUAGCAUGAACUUCUGCGUUCACCUGUAUAAUUUAUUUUAAAGAUUCAAAGGAUGUUCGUAUAAAUGGCACUGCUCCCUCCUCCCCUCGGCAUUCAUCUUUCCCCUGUUCCACGCAAUUCUACUGUAACUACCCAUCAACUUCAAAAUGUGAAAAUUCUUAGUGCAAGCCACUGUGGGAGUCUAGCCAGAAAUGUCUGUCUGGUAGUGGAACUGCAAUGCCUAAUCCUGCUACGGACCAGAUGGUACUGACAGGUACCUCUUUUAUGGACUCUGCGAUAACUAAAAUAUCAGGAGAAACAGUCUUCUACCUUUCUGUUCAAAUAUCUAUUUUAUUUGGGUAUAAGUCAAAAAUAAAAGUGGGUGUCCGAGUGUUUUGCUUUUGGCUAAA